UUAAAAGAAGUUGGUCAGAAUCUAACAGAAAGGUGCAGUGAAAUGUAACUGAAUUGUUACAGAAGCAUGAAGGUGUGUUGAGGGAAUACCUGGCAACUCUUUGUGCGUAAUACGGAGUAAAAUGGACUCGUCCUACACAAACCGUGGAAGCAUCACUGUAGCAGUCGCUGAACGCCACGCACGCCUUCUGUGGUCACCGUACCACCUCCUGUUGUGCGGUUCGCACCCCCCCUAGCCCAAGGGGCUUUCGGCCUUGCCCUCACGGCGGCAGCAGCGUCGAGCCGCGGCCCAGGCCGCGGGAGCCCUCGCACUUUCGCUCCCCCUCACGGCAGGCGCGGGAUGAUUGGGGCGCUGCGGCGCUGGCGAGCGCGGCGAGCCCCAUGUCUGCCCGGGCCUCGGCGGGGUCUGGCACGACGGCGGGACCCGGAGGAUGCGGCGGGCGCGGAUCUGGAGGGCGAGGGGCACAUUCCCUUCUCCAGCAGCAAGGCCAGUCCGCGGUUUUGGAACGUUAGCCGGUCGAUGGGGAGCAACCACGACAGGCCCUUAGUGAAGGUGCUGCCUCUUAGUGUGCUGGGCACGGGCCUGUUACUAUGGUGUGUGUUCAGAGAAAAAACGGAGAUCGACGAGCGACUGCUCAGCGCCUUCCAGAGGGUGCUGGAUCCGUCCCGAGGGUGCUGAGCGCCUUCCAGAAGGUGCUGGAUCCAUCCCGAGGGUGCUGAGCGCCUUUUAGAAGGUGCUGGAUCCGUUCCGAGGGUGCUGAGCGUUUUCCCGAAGGUGCUGGAUCCGUCCCGAGGGUGCUGAGCGCCUUCCAGAAGGUGCUGGAUCUGUCCUGAGGGUGCUGAGCGCCUUCCCAAAGGUGCUGGAUUCGUUUUGAGGCUGCUGAUCGCCUUCCAGAAGGUGCUGGCACCGUCCCGAGGGUGCUGAGCGCCGUCCCGAGGGUGCUGAGCGCCGUCCCGAGGGUGCUCAGCACCAUCCCGAGGGUGCAGGAUGAGUGCCAAGGGUGCAGGAUGAGGCCCAAGGGUGCUGAGCACCAUCCCGAGGGUGCUGAGCACCAUCCCGAGGGUGCUGAGCGCCGUCCCGAGGGUGCUCAGCACCGUCCCGAGGGUGCUCAGCACCGUCCCGAGGGU